AUGGAUGAUGAAGUAGACGAUGAAGAAGAAGACCCGACCUGCCCGACGAUCCCUUUCACGGUGGCUGAGAAAAUACGUUGGAGAAGGGAGUGGCGAUCGGCGUUGGUGGUAAAAGGGCUAGGGCGGCGGGUGUCAUACAUACCGCUAGCAAGACGUCUGAAUUUCUUAUGGGCACGGAAUGGAGAGAUACAAAUCUCGGACAUGAAUAAUGGUUGUUUCCUCGUUCGAUUUAGAAGCCACAAGGAUUAUGAAGGGGCGACGAUGGGUGGGCCCUGGCUGCUGGGUGACACAUACUUGACGGUUCAUCGAUGGUUCAAAGGCUUCAAUCCAUGGAAGACAGAAGUGACAUCGACAAUGGUUUGGGCACAACUACCGGAGCUGCCCAUUGAAUUCAUCAACAAGGAAGCAGUUAUGAAGAUUGGGGAAUGGUUGGGAAAACCGGUUCGGGUGGAUCGUGCAACUGAACUCGGAGCUAGAGGCAAAUAUGCUAGAGUCUGUAUCGAAGUAAAUUUAACCCAGCCGCUUAUAUCUAAGUUUAAAAUCGAAGGGGUAACGUACCUGGUCCAAUAUGAGGGACUUGAUGAUCUAUGUACAGAUUGUGGCACAUAUGGGAAGAAAGCUGGUAAAUGUCAUUGUGUCCCAGCGGGCCAGGCGAUGUAG